UAUUAUAUAAAUAUAAAAUCGAUGGAAGAAACGGUUAUUUUACGAGCACGAAUUGUUUUAUAAGUUAUCGAAAAUAGAGAUGGUUAUCAAGGUUUGGAACGCGUCGAUUGGUGCAAGCAAUAUAUAAACGAUUAUUUUCAUCAAUUGUACAUUUCCUUUUGGUUCUGUGAAAAAUCAUCAAAUUAAUAACAUUCUCAGUUAUAAUGCCAAGUAAAAAGAAAAAAUAUAAUGCACGUUUUCCAGCGAUAACUUAACCUAAAAAAUGCAUCUCAGGGUCGUAUUAAGAAAAUUAUGCAGACCGAUGAAGAAGUAGGAAAAGUUGCUCAAGCAGUACCAAUUAUAAUCUCUAGAACAUUGGAACUAUUUGUACAUUCGCUACUUACAAAAACUAUGCAAAUUACAAGUGCCAAGAAUGCUAAGACCCUAAGUCCAUCCCAUAUGAAACAAUGUAUUCUAUCGGAAAGUCGUUUUGAUUUUCUUAAAGAUUUGGUAAAAGGUUUACCAGACGUAUCAGGACCUGAUGAAGAAGUACCUACACCACCUUUAACUCCUGCCCCAAUAAAUGUAAACAUUUCUAAUCCAACUACAUGUCCGUCUACAGCAUAUUAUUUGGAUCAAGGCUCUCAAAGUUUGAUAUCAAACGAUACAAACGCAGAAAAUAAAAUCUGGAGAAAUGAUGGAAGAAUAGUAAAUUCAAAUGUCAAUGUAUCAAGCGAAAUAUCUAAAGUCACCGCUACACCUCAAGCUCCAGAGUUUCAAAUUUCUGUACCUGCAUCAUUUCAGAUUAAUCAACCUAAUUUUUAUACAGAGGUCAAUCCUAUAAAUUCAAGUAACAAUUCUGAUACGAGUUCAACAAAUCAUCCAACAUCUAAUUUUACUCAUACUGCUAAUAUCGAUGAAGAUUAUGAUACAUAGUUAUUUUACUUAGUAAUUUGCAGUAUAAACUGUAAUAUUAACUUUAGAUAUUUGAAGAAUUUAAGUAUACGUAACACAUGUCACAUACGUAUUUUUAAAUUGUUAAUAAUAUGCUAAGUUCAACAAGUGAUUGUGGUUUCUGAUUGAACUAGGGUAUACAUUUUUAUAUUCAGCUCUAAUUACAUCUCGAGAAUAUUUUGAA